GGGAAAGAGGGAGAGAGGAGAUGCGAGGUUUACUUGAAGUUAGAGAAAGCCCUUGUCACUAGUAGGACGACAAGAAAGAGGGAACUUGAAGUUGGAGAAAGCUCUUCGAGUGGCGCGCAUGCCCACUGGGUUCAGCGAUGGGAGCGAGCGAGCCAGCCAUCGCGUGCUGUCACCGGUGAAUUGUGGCGUCACAUCCGGUGGUUGGAGUCGGUGGGAGAAGUGUAGGUGUCAGCUCGACUGCCGAAGUGGCUCCCGAAGAAAAGCUGCAGAACGCGCAUCCUUCCAGAACUGACCAUGUUGUGUUGGGGAAACACAUCGUUCGGGCAGCUUGGACUAGGUGGCAUAGACGAGGAGAUAGUUGUAGAACCGAGGACCUGCGAAUUCUUUCAAAGCAGAAGGGUUCAAGAAGUGGGUUGUGGCCGGAGGCAUACGGUUUUUGUGCUGGAUGAUGGUACUGUUUAUACCUGCGGAUGCAACGAUCAGGGGCAGUUGGGACACGAAAAAGGAACAAAACGACCUGAGCAAGUUGGCGCUCUGGAUGCUCAGAAUAUCAUUGCUGUUUCAUGUGGAGAUAUGCAUACACUGGCAUUAAAUGACAAUGGUCAAGUGUUUGCGUGGGGUUUUGCCAAAGAUGGUCAAUUGGGUUUGGUUACCGCAGAAGAAUUUGUCAGAGUUCCUAGGAAUCUAAAGGCUUUGGUAGACGUACAGAUAGCACAAGUGGCCUGUGGUUACCAUCAUUCCCUUGCUUUGUCAAAAGGAAGUCAAGUUUACUCAUGGGGACAGAAUAAGAAUGGGCAGCUGGGAUUAAGUCGAGAUAUUGGAAACCAGCCAUCACCGCAGCCAAUUAGAUCUUUAAAUGGUGUUCCUUUUGUUCAGCUUGCGGCAGGUGGAGCACACAGUUUUGCACUUUCACUCUCAGGAGCUGUUUUUGGUUGGGGAUCCAACAAAUUCGGCCAACUUGGUCUGAAUGAUGAAAUUGACAGACAUGUUCCUGCACUGCUGAAAUCCCUGCGAACACAGAAAAUUGUCUACAUUUGCUGUGGUGAAGAUCAUACAGCUACUCUUACAAAGGAAGGUGGUGUAUUUACAUUUGGUGCUGGUGGCUACGGCCAGUUGGGCCACAACAGUACAAACCAUGAAAUAAAUCCGAGGAAAGUCUUUGAAUUAAUGGGAUAUGUAAUUACACAGAUUUCAUGUGGAAGACAGCACACACUAGCAUUUGUUCCAUCCUCUGGAAAGAUAUACUCAUUUGGUCUUGGCGGAAAUGGUCAACUAGGAACUGGUUCUACAAGUAACAGAAAAAGCCCCUCCACUGCGAGAGGAGCCUGGGUACCUUAUGGUUCCACUACACCAAAAUCUUUCUGUGUGAUAAAAAUUUUCUCGGGAGGGGACCAAAGUUUUGCACAUUAUUACAGUAAGCAGAGUUCUUUUUCACCAGUUAAUUUUGCUGCUUCUUCUUUCAAGACUUCCAUACCACCAGAUGACUUUAGAUUUCCUAACCCAUCAAAACAAAUUCUCACAGUAAAUGAAGCAGCCGUCCAGAAAUGGAUGAGUUAUCCUCCUGGACGAAUUCCUUCCGAUGCAGCCAAUGAAGUUGAUAUUGUGUUCUCAUCAGCAGCAUGCCUAAAUGGAAGCUUUCUUGCCUUAAGCAAUGAUGAUCACUAUAAAACAAGUUCCAAGUUCUCAGGGAUUGACAUGAAUGCAGCUAGAUUAUUAUUCCACAGACUCGUACAGAUUGAUCAUCCUCGAAUUUGUCAACAGAUAGCAGCGAGUAUGGAGAAAAAUUUAAUUCCAAGGCUUUCUAAUUCCCCACCUGAUAUCGAGGCUUUGAGAAUCUACAUUACUCUUCCAGAAUGCCCUCCCAUGAAUGAUGCCAACAAUUAUGUGACAUUAGCUAUUCCACUGGCAAUGGCUAUAGUAAAAUUAGAAAAAAUGCCACUGAAAGUACUUGAAAAUUGGUGGGCUGCACUGGAACCUGCUUUCUUUCAGAAAGUUGUGGAACUUUAUAAGGAUGUUGUCGUAUUUCUUCUGAAAUUGGCUGAGAGUGGGAUGCCUAAUUCUGAGCAAAUUACUUGGAAUAAUUUCCUAAAAUGUGCCCUGGAAGUAUUGGCAGUUCUUCAUGGAGUAAAUGAGAGAGCUGGACAAAUAAUUCAGUAUGACAAAUUCUAUAUUCAUGAAGUACAAGACUUGACAGACAUCAGAAAUGAUUAUGUAAACUGGCUUCAACGCAAAAUAUAUGGAGUAUUGCCGGAUAUGCCAAUUACAAUUUGUACUUAUCCAUUUGUAUUUGAUGCUCAAGCAAAAACAACACUGUUGCAGACCGAUGCCAUCUUACAAAUGCAGAUGGCAGUUGACCAGGCACACAGACAAAAUUUUUCAUCGUUUUUCUUGCCUGUGGUUGAUACAGUUAAUCCCUGUCUUGUGUUGAUUGUACGAAGGGAUCAUAUUGUUGAAGAUGCUAUCCAGGUGUUGAGGAAAAGCAAGAAUGUUGACUUCAAAAAACCAUUAAAGGUUAUUUUUGUUGGAGAAGAAGCUGUAGAUGCUGGAGGUGUCCGUAAGGAAUUUUUCCUCUUAAUUAUGAGAGACUUGCUGGAUCCUAAAUAUGGCAUGUUUCAAUAUUAUGAGGAGUCUAGGCUCAUCUGGUUUUCAUUUCAGACCUUUGAAGAAAUUGACUUAUUUCAUUUGAUUGGUGUCGUUUGUGGUCUUGCCAUCUACAACUUCACAAUUGUUGAUCUGCAUUUUCCAUUGGCCUUGUAUAAGAAACUCUUAAAUCAGAAACCGACUUUAGAUGAUCUGAAGGAAUUGAUGCCUAUCGUUGGCAGGAGUAUGCAGCAACUACUAGAUUACCCAGAAGAUGAUGUGGAAGCCAUCUUCUCCCUCAACUUUAUAAUCACAGUAGAAAAGAUUGGUCUAACGGAAAUUAAGGAGUUGAUUCCAGGUGGCACCAAUAUUCCUGUCACUAAAGAUAACAGACAUGAAUUUGUGGAUGCAUAUGUUGACUACGUGUUCAACCAGUCAAUUGCUCCUUUAUUUGAUGCUUUCAAUGAAAGCUUUCACAAAGUGUGUGGAGGGAAAGUACUUCAACUUUUCCAGCCAAAUGAAUUGCAGGCAAUGGUGACUGGGAAUACAAAUUAUGAUUGGAAAGAGUGGGAAAAGAAUACUGAAUACAAAGGAGAAUACUGGGCAGAACAUCCUACCAUCAAAUUCUUCUGGGAGGUGUUCCAUGAACUACCUUUGGAAAAUAAAAAACGUUUUCUGUUGUUUCUAACGGGCAGUGACCGUAUCCCAAUCCUUGGAAUGAAGAGCCUAAAAUUUAUCAUUCAGCCAACUGGAGGGGGUGAUAAUUAUCUUCCUGUGGCACACACUUGUUUUAAUCUUCUGGAUCUGCCAAAAUACACAAAUAAGGAUAUCCUCAAAACCAAAAUAGUUCAAGCCAUAGAUCAUUAUGAAGGUUUCAGUCUAGUGUAAAGAAGAAACGUUACUACAAUUUCUGACUUUUGAAUUGAAUAAAAUAACCCUUGUAAAGUACACAUUUUAGCAAGAAAUGCUGUGUGGGGAGAAAGUGAACUGAACAAAAUCCAGUAAAGAACUUAGAAUGUUAAAUUUGAAAUUUGUAUAGAAUCAUGUAUACUGUUAAUCCUAAAUAUUAAAAGUACCUUUUAAAAAAAUAUGCAUAUUGAUGCUCUAUAUUGAUAACAUCAGAAGCCAUGCUUUUAUCUUUAGAUCGACAGUCAGCACUAAUUCUGGGAGAGUGCAGUUGCAUGAAAACUUCACCUUUUAAUUUUUUUUAAAUUGUGUGUUUGUGGAAAAAUGAAGUUUCCUAUAAGGUUACUUGUUUUACAAAUUAGUUGGGGUCAUUAGUAAUAAGAAUUUUAAGAAACAAUUUCUUUAUGGUGUAUGGUAAAAGAUUUGCAAAAAAUAUACAUGUAACAGCACUGGCAUGCUGUAAAUAGGAACUUGUGUUUAUAAAGUCUAUGUCUAAACUUCAAUUUGUUGCAUAAAUUAUUUUGGAACAUUGACAAUUAUUUAAACUAAGGGCCUAUAUGUUCUUCUCAAGUUGUUUCUCAGUGGAAUCUUGGCACGCCCUGAGCCAAAAAUGAUGCAGAGAUAUGACCAGACAUCAAGGGUGAGUUUGAUCCCAAAAUUUGAAAUGAGGUUCUGUUGGAGCAGAGAACACAAUCACAGUAAAGGAUCUUAUUGUUCUUACCCUAAAAAUGCAUUUUAAAUCGACAAAACUAAUUUUUCUAGGACUGCUUUAACAGAAGGAUAACUUUGACAAAAGACAACUGUGAUAGAUAGGCAAGAAUAUAUAUAUUAUUUUUGUAAUAUAUGAGCAAAUAAGAUAAAAUAACUUGAAACUUCUAAACUAGAGUGUUUUAGGAUUCACUUGUUUGAUUUACGUGCUCAAUGCCAAUAAUAACUGUAUUGACAGGAUAACUUUUUUUUACCAAAUAAUUUAUUCAUUGGGUGUUUUCAGCUUGCUUUUGAAAUGUCAAUAUUCUGUAAGUUAUUUUCUAAUACAUUUGGAGAGUUGUUGGAUUUUAUCUUAGUUGAAAAUGUGUAGUAUAUUACAAGCUUGAAUUAAAAUGUUCAUUUUUGAUUAAAUAAGUAUCUGCCUUAA